UUUCCUCGUUAUUUCUCUUGUAAUGGUCCCUCCCUCUACCCUACCCAAACACCUCGAUUGGCCAUUGCACAUUGUAGAUUACAAUCUACUGUCUACCUCUCUGCUUCUUCUUUUUUCCCAAUUUUGUUCUUUUCUCAAAAUCCAAUCUUUGAAAUUAACCACCAUUAUUGGGUCUACGUUUCUCUGAUCAAACCUGCUAAUUUAUUGACAAAUUUGGGGUUUUGGGUCCCUAAGUUUUGCUGGGUUCCGACAAAUUUUUGAUCUUUGGCUUGAUCUUUUACAACCCAUCAUGGUUUGAGUUUUCUUUGCCUGUAAAUUGAUCUACAUUUGCCAUUUUUGCUACAUUUUAGUCCUUCUGAUUGUUUCAACAAGUUUAUAUUGUAAAUAUAACAUAUUUAAGGGUUUAAUUUUAAGAUUUUGUUAGCCUUAGUUUGAGGUGUAUUUGAGUUUUGUAGGAGGUUUAAAUUGUUUGCUUUGGUGUUGAUUGAGUGUAUUAUAAGAUGAAGAGGUUAAAAAAUGAACCUCCUAGUGGUAGGAGGUUCAAGUUGUCACAUUUCUUGCUGGGUAUUGGAGCAAUGUACUUGGUGUUUUUAGCUUUUAAGUUUCCACAUUUUUUGGAGAUUGCUGCAAUGUUAAGUGGGGAUGAUAGUUAUGUCGGUUUAGAUGGCGCCGCGGUAGAAGAAAUGGAGGAUUCGGAGUUGAGUAAGCCUUUUUUCAGCUCUGUUUAUAAGGAUACGUUUCAUCGGAAAUUAGAGGAUAACGAAAAUCGGAAUGCUCCAUCGAUGCCUAGUAAGGAGCCUUUGGAGGAAGUUAAAGGAGAGCCGAAACCUAUAAAGCCACUCCAGCAUCGAUAUGGUAGAAUUACGGGAGAGAUUAUAAUGCGUAGGAAUAGAACUAGUGAUUUGUCUAUUCUUGAGAGAAUGGCUGAUGAGGCUUGGACUUUGGGAUUGAAGGCUUGGGAAGAGGUGGAAAAAUACGACGCGAAGGGCGUUGGACAGAGUUCUGUGUAUGAUGGGAAGACUGAAUCAUGUCCUUCGUGGGUGUCGGUGAAGGGCGAUGAGUUGGCUGCACGUGAUAAUAUGAUGUUCCUUCCUUGCGGUUUAGCUGCAGGGUCUUCGAUUACAGUGGUGGGAACACCUCAUCAUGCGCAUCAGGAGUAUGUGCCUCAGCUUGCAAGGUUGAGGAGUGGCGACGGCAUUGUUAUGGUAUCACAGUUUAUGAUUGAGUUACAAGGUUUAAAGGCAGUGGACGGGGAGGAUCCACCAAAGAUUUUACAUUUGAAUCCUCGAUUAAGAGGAGAUUGGAGUAAGCAACCAGUCAUUGAGCAUAACACCUGCUAUCGGAUGCAAUGGGGGACAGCUCAGAGGUGUGAUGGUUUGCCAUCCAAGAAGGAUGAUGACAUGUUGGUUGAUGGAUUCAGGAGAUGCGAGAAAUGGAUGCGGAAUGACAUUGUAGAUUCAAAGGAGUCCAAGACAACUUCAUGGUUCAAGAGGUUCAUUGGGCGUGAGCAGAAACCUGAAGUGACCUGGCCAUUUUCUUUUGUGGAGGAUAGAUUGUUUAUCUUGACAUUGCGUGCUGGUGUUGAUGGAUACCAUAUUAAUGUUGGGGGUCGACACGUGACCUCAUUUCCAUAUCGUCCGGGAUUUACGCUUGAAGAUGCAACAGGAUUGGCAAUCAAAGGAGAUGUGGAUGUUCAUUCAGUUUAUGCCACCUCUCUUCCUAGCUCCCACCCGAGCUUCUCUCCUCAAAGAGUGUUGGAAAUGUCUGAUAAGUGGAAAUCCCAACCUUUACCAAAGAGUCCUGUUCAACUUUUCAUUGGUAUCCUGUCUGCUAGUAAUCACUUUGCGGAACGUAUGGCAGUGAGAAAAACUUGGAUGCAGUCAGCCCCAAUUAAGUCUUCGAGUGUAGUAGUUCGAUUUUUUGUUGCAUUGAGCCCCAGGAAGGAAGUAAAUGCAGUGUUAAAGAAGGAGGCGUCUUACUUUGGCGAUAUUGUCAUAUUGCCAUUCAUGGAUCGUUAUGAACUAGUGGUUCUUAAGACGAUAGCCAUUUGUGAAUUUGGGGUUCAGAAUGUUUCUGCUGCAUAUAUUAUGAAAUGUGACGAUGACACAUUUGUUAGAGUGGAGACUGUCAUGAAAGAAAUUGAUGGCAUCCCUGCCAAAAAAUCUCUUUAUAUGGGCAAUCUCAACCUUUUACAUCGUCCUCUGAGGACUGGAAAAUGGGCAGUCACUUUUGAGGAAUGGCCAGAAGCGGUAUAUCCUCCCUAUGCCAAUGGACCUGGAUAUGUAAUCUCUCAAGAUGUUGCUAAAUUUAUCGUUGCACAGCAUGGCGAUCGGAGUCUCCGGCUUUUCAAGAUGGAAGAUGUGAGUAUGGGAAUGUGGGUCGAACACUUUAACAGUUCCAAAACCGUCCAAUACUCGCAUAAUUGGAAAUUCUGUCAGUACGGAUGCAUGGAAAACUAUUACACUGCACAUUAUCAAUCCCCACGGCAAAUGAUGUGUCUAUGGGAUAAGCUAUCGAGAGGUCGGGCUCAAUGCUGUAAUUUUAGAUGACCCGCACUAUCACAAGCCCCGGCGGAUGUCCCUGAGACGGAACCCCUAGAAGAUAACAAGCAGUGGCUCUGGCUGCAUCCACUGAUCAUACCUUGACUUUGCCGGUUCUCGUUUCCAACUUGGAUCCUCCGUAACGUAUCUCGAUCAUUGUUAGAGAUGGCUGUGUACUAAGUUGCAGCCACCAUUUUUGGGCCGAUGACAGAAUGGUCGUCGAUAGUUAGGUGAACACAUUUUGGGGAAAUUUGUACAAUGAUUUUGUAUAUGUUAUAACUGCUUAUGUCUAUUUAGUUGAAAGCCUCAAGAUCAUGCAAA